GCCCCCAUAAGCGGACUUUGCGGAAAACAAAUCAUGAUUCUUUCAACCCCAAACACAAUGGUCGCCCUCCGCAAUAGACAUGAAUGACAGUGUGGCUCGAAUUUCAUCAAGCUUGGAUUGAGGCAGUAAUGAAGUUAAAUUAUCAAGCUGCCAAGAAGCAUUUUGGGUCAAAAUCGAUUCCACUUUCAAGUUGGUGUCCAGUGUAGCAUCCAUCCGAGUCACAGCAUGUAACAAAGGACUCUCACCCACCCACCAAUCGGCAUAUGACUUGGUCAGUUUUUCAUCUCCAAUCCGUCACCUUAUCCCUUUCCUGAUACAAUCUCGCAUUUGCAACAAAUCCCAUUAUCGGGCAAACCAGGCUUCAAUGUGACAGGCUUGUCCAACAGCUUACCGAAUCAGGAAUUCUUUUUGUGUGAGAAAACCAUAUUAGUUCACUUGAUUACUGGGUUUUACUUGGAUUUGUGGAUUAUUGAAGCUUAUAAAAUCAUCAUACCAUUUCUGUGUUAGUACUUGAAUCUUUUAUCAACCAUGAUAGCAUCAUCUAGCUGUCCUGAGCGGUUCCAGUUCGUAGCUGAAUCGAGCUUGUACAGGGCAGUUUUUGGACAUGGUUCAACUCUUCAGGAACGUAUUGAUCUUGUCAAUGACAUACUCGCAGUCGAUUCAGACUUGAAUUCUUUGGUGAAGGAAUACUAUGGCAACUUCGAAAAGACUUUUGAGUUAUGUACUACCCUUAAGGAUUGCCUCGAACGUGCUCGAAACAAUCAUGGAAUUAUUGAGUCGGCGGUUAAGUGUUAUGAUGAAGAGGACAAAUUAGAAGUCGGGACCGACGAGAAGAAAUCCGUUACGGCCUCGGAGGAACUGAGGAGGUUCAAAGCAGCUGAAGAGCCUUUUGUUGAGUAGUUCCUUGUACUGAAAGGAACGGCCCGUAGGUGGCAGGAAUCGAUGCAAGGGAAGUUGCGUUGCUUUCAUAUCUGCUUUCAUAAUAGAGGGUGUCGGGUGCCUUGAAGCCUGUAGUGACUGCUUUGGCUAGUGUGUUGACGGUUACUAUAGUUCCGACCUGGA